UCUGGUUGAGGUGCAAAAUUGUGAAAAGGGUUCAACACUUUCCGCAGAUACCAUAUAUAUCUCCCUCCAGCCAACCACAAGCGCGGUCUGCAGGCAAAACUCGCGCUUAAACCACCACUCGUGGUAUGAGCUUCUCAUUGGUUGUCAUUUCUGCAAGUUACCGCCGAAGUUCAUCAACCCCUCCAACUACAUGCCCCCCAUAUUCCAUCCGCAAUUCCAGGUUGCGACUCACUCUGUCUCUCGUCCUUUUCUCUUCUCCAACUCUGCUGCUUUCUCUUGUUUUGUGCUUUUUGGCAAGCGCCGUUACUUUGUGUCUUUACUCGUACCAUAUACCCACUGCGCAAGGCGUUCGGAAAAGGCAGCAAGCAUGGCUGCGAGACCUGGCGAGGAGCUGGUUGCGACUCUGUAAGCUGAAACGGCCUCGAUGGGCGGUUUUUUGGUGCUAAUAUUGCCACAACAGCUUUGCCGAUGUACACUAUUACUAUGGCCCUCCUACUGCCAAACCCCCUCAUCAUCGAUUCGAUAAAGGCUCCUAUGUGUAUCUCUUUGAAAAUCCCGGUCAUCGUCGUGCGCGAUUAGAGGUCGCGAACAAUGCUGGUACUCCAGACCAAGAUGCUUUUAAUGGACGUUAGUUAUUAAGGCGUAGAUAAGAUUAUCGUGCAGCUUGCUGACCACAUAAAACCAGAUUUGGAUGCUGCCCAUGUUCAGUACUCAUAUAAACACUCGACUCUUAUCACAUUAACGGUAGAUGGGUCAAAUCGAAAUUCCCUUGGAAAUCUAGCAGAAAAUCAGGAAUGGCACCUACCUACAUUCGAUCCCCGAAACGAAAACAAAUACAUGUACAAACUACAUACCAUCGAUCUUUAUUUUUGGCUAAAAGAGGAUGCCCUUCAAUUUUUGAAUGGAGUUAGAAGGGUGCUGCCCCAGCCACAAGUUACUAUUCAAGAUGAGCCAAUUGCUCCAACACCCCAUCAACAUGAUAUGAGCCCAGUAGUGCAAAGACUAGAAAAUGUUGCUAUUGCGGAUCCAUCUUAUCAACAGGGCCAAACACAAAAUUCCCAAACUUCAUCACAUCUUCCGGCUUCAUUGACUCGAAGUAGUACAGGCAAUUUUCCCGGACCUCCAAUUGCCCCGGUUUCUCGUAGCACCACAUUCCCUGGGGCACCAAUAUCAGCGACACCUCAAAGUAUGGAAGCCACGAAUUUUGUGCCUCUAGCAUACAAUCCCGCUGCCCCUGCUGCACCGGAGACAAUUCAUCAUAGAGAAAAAACUCCCCCUCCUGAAGAUGGCGCAGGAAAUCCACUUGUAGCAGCUGCGGCAGCUGACCAAGGUCAACAUUUUGGAAACCCAUAUCAAAACCACGGAGGUUUCUCCGGUCCUCCACAACCACAACAAGCAAGUUAUUUCCCGGGCCCUCCAGCUGCCCAUACCCCACCAUCACAAUAUGGCCAGCCUCCCCCUCCCUCCGCUGGUUUUCAAUCAAACUUUGGUCAACCUCCUCCACCACCCUGUGCUGGAUUACAAUCACCAUACGCCCAGCAUUUCCAAAAUUCAUUUGCUCCUCCUCCCACCGCACCCUCAACAUCCAGCCCUUAUUCCCAACUUCCAUCAGCGGUCGCAUCUGCACCUCCACCGCCGUCAUUAUACCAACACCCAACGCCACCCGCCACAACCGCCCCUCACAUCCCCGUAACCCAACAAUACGCCCAAUACCCCUUAUCCCCAGGCUUCUCAUCCCCGGGACUAUCAACACCCAGCACCAGCAUCUACUCCCCAACAAAUUCCACCUUCGUCCCCGGCACUCCACUCUCCGUUGCACCACCGCCAGCAAGUGCACCUCCUCCACCACCGGGCGGCUUCUCGCAGUACAGCUAUCAACAACAACCCGAUCCAUUAAGUAAUACCCGUCCACAUCAGACGGAUUACUCGAUUCACCAACAGGUCUACCGACCGACCGAGGGGGAAGCGAUGAAAGCGCAGAAAGCACCGAAACCUCCGGGUGGUAAACUGGAAGAGAGAGCGGGGAGGUUGGAGAAAGGUGCUACGAGUUUGUUUAAGCGACUGGAGAAGAAGAUUGGAUGAAUAAAGGUAAGUUUGGGAUGAGAGGAUUUUAACGGGGAUCAUGUGGUUAUAGAGGUGAUUGGAAGUGCGUGUAUGAGAUGCGAAAUCUUGGUGAGUAGAUUGGUGAAAUUGUAUUCUUUCCAAAUUUUCAAUCCAGAAAAAAUUUGAAGGUGCUUAAUUUUUUAGCUGUUGAGCUCUUUGGUGCGAU